CGACGAGGCGGGGGGAGGUCGGCAGCGCUCCCCCACCGCCGCCGCCGGCUGCCGCCGCCCCGGGGCCGGUCGCUCUCACCUGCGCGGCGGGCGGCACCUCGACCUCCAUCGUCCUGGGCCUGCGGCGACGGGGACGCCGGGUCAGGUGGAGGAGCACCGAGCGAUGGGGAGUUUCAGGGUAAAGGCUCCCGCCUAGCCUGGGGCACACGCCACCUGUGUACACUAAUGAUGCGUGCUCCAGAAGCAAACUACAAUGCCAUGUAAGUCAGGUACAAGGUAUAGAACCAGAAAUGCAUAAUAUCACCAGGAAAAGAAAUCUGAGGCAAGAACUUCUAAAGUGGAAUGGAUGGGGAUAUAAUGACUCAAAAUUCAUCUUCAAUAAGAAGGGUCAAGCAGAAUUCACAGGAAGAAGGUACAGGUUAGGUGGUAUGGUAUUACCAACUUUUAAGGAAUGGAUAGAAAAAACCUUUGGAGCAAGUCUGGAGCACAAAUCUACCUCUAGAGCAUCCUUAAAUGUUAAUGAUGUACCUCCAUCCGUCGUAAAUGAGGAAUUCCUUCGGGAUCUUAUAGCCACUAAAAUCUCAUAUUCACAGGAUGCAGAAGAUAGGGUAUUCAGAGGUCAUGGUCACUGCCUACAUGAGAUAUUUGCACUCAGGGAAGGAAUUUUUAGGCGAAUUCCUGAUAUAGUUGUCUGGCCUGUUUGCCAUGAAGAUGUAGUUAAAAUUGUGGAGUUAGCCUGUAAGCACAGUCUCUGCAUAAUACCAUUUGGUGGAGGAACGAGUGUCUCUAGUGCUCUUGAAUGUCCUGAGGAAGAAAAAAGAACAAUUGUCUCCUUGGACACAUCACAAAUGAAUCGGAUUCUCUGGAUAGAUGAGAAAAACUUAACAGCUUGUGUAGAAGCUGGCAUUGUUGGACAAGAUUUGGAAAAACAGCUUGCUGAAAGUGGCUUCUGUACAGGCCAUGAACCAGAUUCCAUGGAAUUCAGUUCCCUAGGAGGAUGGGUAGCAACACGAGCAUCAGGCAUGAAAAAAAACAUCUAUGGAAACAUUGAAGAUCUGGUGAUUCAUAUAAAAAUGGUAACUCCUAGAGGAAUAGUAGAAAAAAACUGCCAAGUACCUCGCAUGUCAACAGGACCUGACAUCCAUCACUUCAUUAUGGGAUCUGAAGUUGGGAACUGCAUCUUCCAGCACUUUACUGCCUCAUUUUUCUUUUUCCCUGAAGGAACUCUUGGAGUGGUUACUGAAGUUACAAUAAAGAUUCGCCCAGUCCCUGAGUACCAGAAGUAUGGCUCUGUGGUCUUCCCCAACUUUGAAAGAGGGGUGGCCUGCUUGAGGGAGGUGGCAAAGCAGAGAUGUGCUCCUGCAUCAAUUCGCCUUGUGGACAAUGCACAGUUUCAGUUUGGUCAUGCUCUUAAACCACAAGUUGCUUCCAUUUUUACAUCAUUUUUGGAUGGACUGAAAAAAUUCUACAUCACAAAGUUUAAAGGAUUUGAUCCCAACGUACUGUGUGUAGCUACCUUACUUUUUGAGGGUGACAGAGAGAAGGUUCUUCAGCAUGAAAAGCAAGUUUAUGAUAUUGCCACCAAGUUUGGUGGCUUGGCAGCUGGAGAAGAUAAUGGACAGAGAGGAUAUAUGCUGACAUUUGUUAUUGCUUACCUUCGGGACCUGGGCCUGGAUUACUACAUAAUAGGAGAAUCAUUUGAGACAUCUGUUCCUUGGGAUAGGGUUUUAGACCUCUGUAGGAAUGUAAAGGAAAGGAUAGCAAGAGAAUGUAAAGAAAAGGGUGUUCAGUUUGCUCCUUUUUCCACCUGUAGGGUGACACAGACUUAUGACGCAGGUGCAUGUGUCUACUUCUACUUUGCCUUUAACUACAGAGGAAUUAGUGAUCCUAUUCAUGUCUAUGAACAAAUUGAGAGGGCGGCUAGAGAAGAAAUACUUGCCAAUGGAGGAAGUCUGUCACAUCACCAUGGAGUAGGCAAAUUGCGGAAGCGCUGGAUGAAGGAGAGCAUCUCUGAUGUUGGCUUGGGAAUGCUGAGAUCUGUUAAAGAAUAUGUGGACCCCAAUAACAUCUUUGGAAACAAAAACCUUUUAUAAUGCCCUGUACAAUAUGAUGUACUAAAACUUCAAAAUUGCUGUUGAAAUUCCUUCAUUUUCAUUGUACUGAUAUCCCAGUAAUCAAAUAUAACAUAGACUAAACUUUAAGACUACUAUAUUACUUUGUCUUUUCCCUUCCAAUAAAGUGGAAUGAAUUCCUUCAUUGUUAAAGUUUAUGGAUUUUUACUUACAAUGCUUCUAAACUCUUGGACAACCCACUGGGCACAUCAAAGUAUAUUACCAGCCAGGAAAUGCAAAUUUGGUUUUGCAAGUUUGGUUAGGCAACACAGCUGAAAGUAUUUUCCAUGCUGGAUACAGCCAGCUGUUUCUUACUAAAGCAUCCCCUGCAAGGAGAACAAAGACUGACAACAGUGUUGUCUGCAGAAGCAGCUGCUCAGCCCAGCCCCUUGCUAAAGGAAAGCUGCUAGGAGACAGAUGAGAUUACACCAAGGAGUACUUCUGUGCUGAAGAAUUAAGUAUGUAAUAGACUUGUAACCAGCAACCCUUUAAAGCACAAAUGUAGGCUUUGAUCAAAAGAGACAAUGUUAAGUCAAACUACUUCUUAAAAACUCAGCAGUCUCCCACCUUAGCACUACUGAAAAUCCUAAAUUGAUGUGUUCUGAGUUGUAUUUGCAUUGCUGGGAUAAUCUGCUUAAAUUAAUCCUAGGUAAGUCACUAUAAGUUUUGUACAAUGGACAUUUCUCACUGUAUGUUGAAAACAGGUUUGUAACAUAAAACUUUGCCUCCAUCUGUACUACAGUCCUCAUGUGUAUGGUUUUGCGCCUGUUUUGUUUUGCAGAGAUGCAAAAGACCUUUUUUCAGUAAAAAAUGUUUUAGCUAUUCAAAUGAAACUGUUUGCCCAGCACUGUCCUUUGAAACAGUCUCAACAGUUUUACUAAGCUUAAGUGGACAACAUAUUGUCAUCCUAAAAGUGAGGUUUCCCAUUUUAAUUUUGUACAGUUUCCUAUGACCUUUAUGAAUUGUUUGUUUACUUCACCGGUAGCCACAAAUGUAAUUGUCCAUUUAACUUUAGGAAAAAUUUUCUUGACGAGUACAGUAUGUGAGUAAGCAUUUUUACACUCAAACUUGAAUCUUAAUCAGUAAAACAAAUGAAGUAUUUGUCAAUACUCAUGAUCCAUUUUUAAGGUGGGUUCUUUUCUUAAAGCAAGUUAUCUAACUUUUUGAUAACGUAUAUGAUCACAUAGGAUAGAAACAAAAUACAGACUAUCCUUUGAGGACACAGUCUCUCUAGCCGACUGGUUCACUGCUCUGUAGUGACAGUUUGGGCACCUUUUGUAUUGGUAGUGCCCUUAACAAGGAGAAAAAGAUAAAAUUGCAAUUCUGUUUUUAAACUAUUUUAGGAUACUGUCUAAUUAGUUCUCAAUUUUGGUAAUACACCAUAAAAAGUAUAAUAUACAUGCUUGAAAAAUACUGCAUAUCAAACAACUUUGAAACUGUUUAAAUUUCAAGUAUGUAAUUAAAAUCAUCUAAAAAUCAUGAACAGUCUAAACAUCACUUCAAAAUGCAUGUGGUUAAGAUACCAAAUCAAAGCCUUUUAUGAUCCACAGGUCAUAAAAUAGGAUGUUAAUGUGGUAUUUGUCAUGCAGUUAGAUUUAUUUCUAAUGGUCUUUGUUUCAUAACAUUUCAAUAUAUUUAAAAAAAAAUUCUAGUCUUUGGCCCACAGAGCUCAUAUUUCAGCAGCACCCAAAACAAUAGCUAUCUGUAGUCUGUUUUAGGAAACUGACUUCUGGCACUGUGGUUAAGUGUUCCUUAUUCGAUACAAUGGCUGUCUUAGCAAAGUGAAUCUGUACACAUUUCUGCAGGAGACUUCCUCAUUUUGCAUGCUGCACAACAGUGAUUACUUGGCCACAGAUGGAAUCUUGCUGAUGACCAGUGUCACUGUGAAAUAGAGACCUUUCUAGGAGCUGGUAAAUAUGAAGGGUGGGUUUUUUUAUGUGCCUCAGUGAAAGCAUUGUAUGCUAACAUGAAAUACCAGUUUUGAAGGAAAGUGUGUGGAUAACCAGAAGCCUUUUUGCAGAAUGACAGCACAAGCAGAACUAAAACAAGUCAUUAUAGCUCAGCAAUACACUUGCCUCUCAAGAUGUUCACUUAUUUGACUUAAAAGUACUACAUAGAAAGUACAACUUCCUCCCUAACUCUUAACUUCCUAACUAUGGUUUCCCCAACCUUUUUUUAUUGAAGUUACACAGCCAAAAACUCCUUUUGCCCUUUAUUUUCAAUCUUUAAAUAGCCAGUGGCUUCUGAAAUGAUUUAAAAUGCAGUAAAAAUUUUCAGUGCACAUCAAUUGUCCUAUAGGAAGGUGAAAUAACAGGUUAUAAGAGUCCUACAGCUACAGCACAGGGUAGCCCCAGGGAAAGGAUUAACUGCAAAUGUAAUGGAUAUUUUUUUCUAAUGGCUACCUUACAGCUGUCUUCCUAAAUAUUUUUCUGUUGUAUGAACUGUUCAGAGCUUAGUGAAACCCUACAGUUGAAAUGCAUAUUUUAUCAGAUGUCUUUAAUUCUUUCACUUUCAAAUACCUAAUGAAAAUAGAGAAACGUAAUACAAUACAGGUUAUACACAAAUCAUUACCCAUUUAAAAGAAAUCUUCCCUCUUCUAAUAGUGAAUGAAGUCUUCCACCACUCUUCUGUGUUCCUUAUACAGGCUGUGCUUCCCAUAGCUGCAGCCUGUUCCGAGAUGGAGUUUGUUCCAUGCAGAUAAGUGUAUCUUGGCAAAGCAUAUUAUUUCAUUUGGUUGACUACUUUGGCCAUGUAUAAGAUACAAGUUUUAAUUAAAACUUGUCAUGACUUGCAAUUACACAGCUACUGCUGUUCCCUUCUUUGAAGGGAAGAAAGGUGCAGAAUGAAUAUGCUUGACUGCUAAGUGUAUUUACAUUGGAGAGGGACAGUUUUAUAAAAGUUUUGAGGGGAAUGUCAUUAAAGAACAUAUGCUAGAAAUUAACACAGAGUCUAGAUCUUAAAGAAAAGUGUUUCUCUUUGUGACUUUAAUACUGUGGCUAUUAUUACUUACAGUAUAUUGGUUACAUUAGAGAUGUUAUCUUUGCCUUACAGCUGGGAUCAGAGGCCAGGCCAAAUAGUUCUUCCAUAGCAAUGUAAAUUAAUUGAAACCAACCUCAGAGGCAGGGAUAUGUUAGCAUUGAAAUCCAGAAAACAUGAACUGUUUUUCAGUCUUGGAAAAUGUAUGCUUAUCAAGGUUGUAAUUCAACUUUCUGCUAGUAAAGCCAAACAGUGUUUGUCAUUCUAGUGUGAGACUAACUGUAAAACUGCAGUUGUAAUGUUAAGAGAUUAUCAAACCUUAUGUCAUUAAUAAAAAUAAUAAUAAUAAUAAUAA